GUGCUCCAGCCCAGGAGGCGGCGGUAUUUUUUGGUGUAUAACGUUGGACGUCAACACCCAAAAGUGAAGACGCAGAGGUUGAAGAUUCGUUGAUUGGCUAUUUUAAGCAGGCACAUUUGCCGGCGUGGUAAGCGGUCACGCACAUUGGAGUCUCCCGUACGCUGCUGUUUAGCCUUCCCGCUUCUGCGCAGCUCAACCCGGCCAAAGCUAUCUAGCCUGCCCCCUGUGUCUAUUUGUCCCUUGUGAGCAGCAUGUCUGAUUACGGCGGUCUGCCGACAAACGGAGUCGGCGCUGGGAUGAAAAACGACGCUUUUGCUGAUGCAGUACAACGAGCCAGACAGAUUGCAGCUAAAAUCGGUGGAGACGGUGUUCCUUCAGUGAGCAACAACGGAGGAGCUGAGAACUAUCCAUUCACAGCACAGAAACGAUCCCUGGAAGAAGCAGAUGAACCCGAUGCCAAGAAGGUAGCAUCACAGAGUGAAAUUGAUUCUGCAUUGUCUAUUGGAGCUCAGCUGGCUGCCCUGUCGCAACAAAGUGUCAGGCCCUCCACAAUGACAGAAGAGUUCAGGGUGCCUGAUGGCAUGGUUGGUCUCAUCAUUGGCCGAGGAGGUGAACAGAUUAACAAAAUACAGCAGGAUUCUGGCUGCAAGGUCCAGAUUGCCCACGACAGUGCCGGCCUUCCAGAUAGAAGUGUUUCUCUGACAGGGUCACCAGAUGCCAUACAGAGAGCCAGGGCACUUAUAGAUGACAUAGUGUCAAGGGGUCAUGAAACGACCAAUGGGCAGUCAGGUUCCAUGCAGGAGAUGAUCAUUCCUGCAGGCAAGGCAGGCCUUAUUAUAGGUAAAGGAGGAGAGACCAUCAAACAGCUACAGGAGCGGGCUGGAGUUAAAAUGAUUCUUAUUCAAGAUGGAUCCCAGCCCCCCAACGUAGAUAAACCCCUACGCAUCAUUGGAGACCCCUACAAAGUGCAGCAAGCAAAGGAGAUGGUUAAUGAGAUCCUACGAGACAGGGAACAUGCAGGCUUUGGGGACAGGAGUGAAUACGGACCCAGGAUGGGAGGAGGAGGAGGAGGAGGAGGUGGCGGUGGUGGCGGUGGCGGCGGCAUCGACAUAGCUGUGCCCCGCCACUCUGUGGGAGUUGUAAUUGGCCGAAGUGGGGAGAUGAUCAAGAAGAUCCAAAGCGACGCUGGAGUGAAGAUACAGUUUAAACCAGAUGAUGGUUCAGGUCCUGAUAAAAUAGCCCAUAUUACGGGUCCACCAGACCAGUGUGAGCAUGCUGCAUCAAUCAUCACUGACCUGCUACAGAGCAUCCGUGCACGAGAGGAGGGUGGGCAGGGGGGUCCCCCAGGUCCUGGUGCAGGGAUGUCACCUGGUGGGCGUGGACGAGGUAGAGGCCAGGGGAACUGGGGUCCUCCGGGAGGGGAGAUGACCUUCUCCAUUCCUGCGCACAAAUGUGGGCUUGUCAUUGGCAGAGGAGGAGAGAACGUCAAGUCUAUCAACCAACAGACCGGUGCAUUUGUGGAGAUAUCUCGUCAGCCACCGCCAAACGGUGACCCUAACUUCAAACUGUUCAUCAUCCGUGGGUCCCCACAGCAGAUUGACCAUGCAAAGCAGCUUAUAGAAGAGAAGAUUGAGGCUCCACUGUGUCCAUUGGGCGGUGGUCCUGGUCCUGGUCAAGGAGGCCCAGGUGGGCCAAUGGGUCCCUAUAAUCCCAACCCUUAUAAUCCAGGGCCUCCUGGUGGUGCUCCCCAUGGAGCUGCGCCUGGUGGCCCCCAGUACUGUCCUCAGGGUUGGGGAAGUACCUACCAGCAGUGGCAAGCCCCAGGUCCCCAUGACCCCAAUAAGGCAGCAGCUGCAGACCAGAACGCCGCAUGGGCAGCAUACUAUGCACAAUAUUAUGGCCAACAGCCAGGGGGUGCCAUGGCAGCCCAAAAUCCAGGAGCCCCUGCAGCAGCAGCACCAGGGGACCAGAGCCAAGCAGCGCAGGCCCCUGGGGGCCAGCCAGACUACACCAAAGCUUGGGAGGAGUACUACAAGAAGAUGGGCAUGACCCAGCCAGCUGGAGGGGCUGCAGCUGCUCCAGGUGCAGGUGCACCAGCAGCAGCCGCAGGAGGAGCUGCAGCUGGAGGCCAGCAGGACUACAGUGCAGCCUGGGCUGAGUACUACAGACAGCAGGCUGUCUACUAUGGACAGCCAGGGCAGGCGCCUGGACAGGCAGCUGCUCCACAGCAGGGACAACAGGCCCAGUAAACGAUCAGCUCAGUCUGUUGGAAGGUUGCGAUGGCUCUCUGGACUUGUUUGUUUUUUCUAUCAAGAAGUUUCCUUUUUGGCUUUAACAAGACAAGACCAUGGUUUACUCAUCAACCCAGACAUUUUCUAUUCCAACUUUGUUUUUUAAAGUCAAAAUUGAAGAAAAAGGGAACACAUUUUGCCCAUGCAUUGAACAAAGCACUAAAUAACUACUUGGGUUACUAUUCAGUUUGCCCCAUUCACCUCACCCACACCUUGCUCAUUUUUUAAAAAUGUGAAAUAAUAAUAAUAAGCAUCUUUGUUUGCAAGCUAGCACAACACCAUCUCAACACUGACUCACAUUAAAAUAGUUUUUCCCCUUCAAUUUCCUGAGGGUAAAAAACUGUCUAGCAGUAUUUUGAAUAUAUUCAGAAAUUAUGUUUGUAAA